AUGGCUGAAGAGUUUGACACUAGUUUAAUCGGAAAUACAGCUUUUGUGCGAGACGAUAAUAACAAUAAAGUUUACGUGUUAAGCGGAUCAACUUUCUUUAGUGUAGAUAUUGACAAAUUGGUAAUUGAAAAAAGAUUAGAAGAAACUAAUGCAAGUAUCAAUAAUCUAAGUACCAUGGUUACUCUUCAUCUAUUAAAUGACAAUGAGAUAAUUCUUAUUGGAAAAAAUUUGUCUCAAUUGUCCAUUUAUAAUAUUAAUAAAGAUACUUGGACUCCUGUGGUAAAAAUUUAUGAUGAAAAUCUUUUUUCUUUUUUUCCAACUGCCAUAUCAGCUGUUGCACUUAUUAUUUCAGCAAUUUAUUUGAUUGUGAAAUAUAACCGAAGGAAAAAUAAAAAUGUUGUCAACCCCGUGAAUCCUGAAAAUAGUAGAAAUGAUGAUGAAAAAGUAGUAGUUAUUGGAAUUCAUGACAGUGACAAUGAUAAUACUUCAAAAGGUAUCAAAGAUACAAACGACAUCAAAGAUACAAACGACAUCAUAAAAACAAAUGCCAUCAAAGAUGCAGAUGAAAAAGAUAUCAAAGAAUGA